AUGAUGCUCAUCAGCCAGGGUGGCUUCUGCGUGGCGUACUUAAUAUUCAUAGGCCAAAACGUGUCCAGUGUGCUUUCACACUCCACCAGACACAAGACGCUCGUCAUUGCCGCCGUUGCGCCCUUGGAGGUUCUGCUGUCAUGGAUGCGCUCUCUCACGCGCCUUGCUCCUUUCAGCAUAUUCGCGGACGUGGCAAACGUCUCAGCCUUCGCCCUGGUGAUCUGCUACGGCAUCUACUCCUUCCACGGCUUCUCCCACCUCUCCGCCUUCACAGGCCUCUCCAACGCACCCAUGGCUCUCGGCGUCGCAGUCUACGCAUUCGAGGGCGUCGGCAUGACUCUCCCUUUGCAGGCUUCCAUGAAACAGCCCAGCCGGUUCCCCUCAGUUCUCGCGCUCGGCCUCGGGAUCAUCUCAGUGACUUACGCAGCGGUAGGCCUGGCGGGGUAUGUGGGAUACGGUGAGGAGACUCAGGAGAUUAUCACACUGAAUUUGCCACCGGGAUGGCCAUCGGAAGCCGUGAAGCUGGGAAUAUGCGCUGCUCUUUUCUUCACAUUCCCAGUCAUGAUGCAUCCUGUGCAUGAGAUUUACGAGCGCAGGCUCUACCUUUCCCCAUGGGUGCAACGGCACGUGCUUUCGAACAAUACUCUUCGCCGCACGCUCUUCCGCUCGCUCCGUUCGCUUGCAGUGCUGGCAGUGGCGCUGGUGGCUGUGGGUGUGCCGCAUUUCUCAGCGUUCAUCUCCCUUAUAGGCUGCAGCGUGUGCUCUGCAUUGGCAUUUGUCUUCCCUGCACUGUUUCAUCUGAAGGCCUGUAAAGGCCGGACGAGUGGGGUAGUGGUGGCUGGAAACUGGUUCUUGGUGGUGUUUGGAGUGGCGUUUGGCCUUUGGGGAACGCUAGAUGCUGUCAAGAGAUUUCAACUAGGCCCAGGGUGA